GGAGAGAGAGAGAGAAAUGGCAUGGCCCUUCAACUGUUCUCUCUCCAGCGGCCAGCUCCCUUUGUCAUCAGAGAUCUUCCAAGUCAUCAAGGCCCAGAUCUGGAUAUUCUUAGUCCCGGUUUUCCUGGGCCUUGUGCAGGUCGGCCUCUUCCUGGAGCAGACAGGCUUCUUCCUGCGCCAUGAUAACAGCUCCCGCCGCACCAGCCUCUCGCUCUGGAUCCUGGGGGUCUAUCCGGUGUUCAGCCUCACUUCCCUCAUCGGUUUGUUCAUCCCUCGUGCUUCCUUCGUCUGUAACUUUGUGGCCUCCAUCUACCACUCCAUCACCCUCUGGAAAUUCCUUGCACUGAUCCGAGAUUUCUUUGGUGGUUCAGACCGAAUGUUCCAGCGGCUGGAGGGGCAGCGUGUUUCUCCAAACCCUUUCCCCUGUUGCUGCUGUUGCUGCCUUCCUGAGAUUGCUGCCAACCGAACAAACUUGCGAUGCAUGACGCUGGCUGUGUAUCAGCUCUCUCUCAUCCGGACCAUCCUCUUUUUCGUCACCCUUAUCCUCUGGACUGAUGAGAAAUAUGACUAUGGUGAUGUGGGCUACACCAACCCCAAUUCCUACGUCACUGCCAUCGUAGCCAUCUCCUCUUUCCUUUCCUUCUAUGGCUAUCUGCUCUUCUACAAAGCCACCAAGCCAGCACUUACCGGCUACAGCUUGCGCUCCAAAUUUGUCUGCAUCAUCUUGGUGCUAGUCCUCUGUGGCCUGCAGAGUGGGAUCCUGGAGACCAUGGGGGCAGUGGGUGCCAUCCCUUGCAGCCCACCCCUCUCCCCUGUCACCCGCUCCCAAGUGAUCUAUUACUAUUCGCUGGCUGUCGAGAUGUUCUUUAUUGGCAUAUUUGCCCAUUACUCUUUCCGAAGAGCUGAGCCACAACUGGACACUCAGCGGGUCACCCGCCAUCGAGCUUCCCAGACGGAGGGGCCCUUCUCUGGACACUGCACCCCUGGAGACGAUGCAUCCAUUGAGGGAGCAAACCCCGGCUACCUCUGUGAGGAAGCAUUGUGCACAAUUGAGCAUUCCCCACUGGAUUGGUUUGAUUUCAUUGUGGGGGGACCUACAGACAGACAGCAGCAGAACUGGAGCCUAGACAGCCUGAGGAUGGAGGGAUGUAAGGCAAGCUUGUCACAUCAUAAAAUCGGGGCUGAAUCACCAUCAACUGGAAUCCAAGUUCAAGCCCAGGUGGCCAAAGGUGAAGCCGAUGGGGUGACUGUUGUGUAACCCACAAUCCCCAGGAAACACCCCCCCAAUAGCAACACCUGCAUUCUGAGGCCUAUUGACCUGAGGAACAAAGGACAAAGAGGACCACAACAACAACCUCCAUGCUUGGGAGUGGGGGAGAGAGGUAUAGCACAAGGAAUGGCAUGAUGGGGCAGUUCAGUCCACCUCCGUCAAGUGCUGACUGUUCGAUUAAAGAUGAUUAGUGCACAGUAUGUCUAAGACCAGAAUAAUCAAAACGGGGAAGGACAUCCACUACAUGGGGGUUGGGAAAUAGUAUGCAUUCAUUAAACUAAGAUUAAUCAUUUCUAGAGCACUUUUCAGUGUACGUAACACUUACAGCUAUCUUCUCUCAUUUGUUCUAACAA